AACCCAGAGAGGACAAGGUGGCCGACUUAUAAAAGGAAUGGCAAUCCGAGUUUUGUCAAUCACAGCUCGACCAUGAAAGUGCUGCUACUGGUCGCUCUCCUUGCCGGCUGCGCCCGGGGCCAGCUGAACAUCUCGCUGAGCUCGAGCUCGGGUAGGACUGGCUCGCUCAGCGCCUCUCUGUCCGACGGCGUCAACGCCGCCCGGAACAUCGCCGGCCACAUCGACACGGCCCGCGACAUCGCUGGGGAGAUCAGGUCCGUUAACAGCCUCUCCGAUGGCGUCAGCGCCGCUAGGAACAUUGCUGGACGUCUCAGCUCUGCGAGGAACAUCGCCGGAGAGGCCAGCUCCACCGCGAGGAACGUCGCUGGAGCCAUCCAGGGCCUCGCCGGGGCCCAGGGAUCGUCCGGCAGCGCCCUUGGAGGGGGGCUCAGCGCAGCACUCAACGGAGGUCUUUCCGGAAGCGGUCUGAGCGGAGGUCUCAGUGGUCUGCGCAGACUCGCUGGAGGUCUCGGAGGACAGGGCCAGGGAGGUCUGGGUGGAGCUGUCAGCAGCCUCUCCGAUGGCGUCAGCGCCGCCAGGAACAUUGCUGGACGCCUCAGCUCUGCGAGGAACAUCGCCGGAGAGGCCAGCUCCACCGCGAGGAAUGUCGCUGGAGCCAUCCAGGGCCUCGCCGGGGGCCAGGGAUCGUCCGGCAGCGCCCUUGGAGGAGGGCUCAGCGCAGCACUCAACGGAGGUCUUUCCGGAAGCGGUCUGAGCGGAGGUCUCAGUGGUCUGGGCAGACUCGCUGGAGGUCUCGGAGGACAGGGUCAGGGAGGUCUGGGCGGAGCUGUCAGCGCAGGCCUUGGUGGUCUUGCUGGAGGACUCGGCGGCCGUGCCGGCCAGAACAACGGACUUAGCGGCCUCCUCUCCGGCGGUCAGCGCGCAGGUCUUGGGGGCUCAGGUGGACUAUCCGGAGGGCUUAGCGGCCUGGGCCUGGGUGGUUUGGGUUCCGGUGGUCUGAGCGCAGGUCUUGGUGGUACAAAUGGGCUAUCCGGAAGACUCAGCGGUCUGGGCCAGGGAGGUUUGGGUUCAGGAGUUUUGGGGGGAGCCAAUGGACGAGGCCGCCAGGGUGCUGCCGGUGGACAAGGUGGUGCCGGAGGCCGUGUGGGCAUCAGUGGUCAGGGACAGGAGGCUGCCGGAGGUCGUGCAAGCCUUGGGGGUCAGGCGCAGGGUGCUGCAGGAGGCCAUGGAGGCUUUGGCGGCCAAGCUCAUGGAGGUGCUGCAGGUAGUCUGGGCCUCAGUGGUCAAGGGCAAGGUGGUGCCGGAGGUCGUGGGGGCAUCAGUGGCCAGACACAGGGUGUUGCAGGAGGUCGUGGAAGCUUUGGCGGUCAGGGCCAAGGACAGAGUCAGGGUGCUGCCGCAGGCCGUGGAGGCUUUGGCGGGCAGGGACAGGGUGCUGCCGGAUGUCGUGGAGGCCAGGCUCAGGGCGGAAUCGGUGGUCAAGGAGAAGCAGGAGGUCGCGGAGAAAUGAACCUGAGUUUUGGCGGACAGGGACAGGGCGGGCCUGGAGGUAGAGGUCAGGGUAGUGCCGGUGGCCGUGGGCAAAUGAGCUUUGGUGCUGGCGGUCAGGGUCAAGGCCAGGGCCAAGGAGGACUUGGCGGCCGCGGUGGUCGUGGGUUUGGAGGACGUGGUGGCUUUGGAGGACAGGUAGGCAUGGGAGGUCGUGCUGGAGGACAGGGUGGCAUGGGAGGUUCAGCUGGAGGACAGGGUGGCUUUGGAGGACAGGUAGGCAUGGGAGGUCGUCCUGGAGGACAGGGUGGCUUUGGAGGACAGGUAGGAAUGGGAGGUCUUGCUGGAGGACAGGGCGGCAUGGGAGGUUCUGCAAGAGGACAGGGUGGAUUUGGAGGACAGGGUGGCAUGGGAGGUUCCGCUAGAGGACAGGGUGGAUUCGGAGGACAGGGUGGCAUGGGAGGUUCCGCUGGAGGACAGGUAGGCAUGGGAGGUCGUCCUGGAGGACAGGGUGGCAUGGGAGGUUCUGCUGGAGGACAGGGUGGCUUUGGAGGACAGGUAGGGGGCUCCACCGCAGGGCAGGGCGGGUUUGAAGGUUCGCUUGGAGGACAGGGAGAGAACCGGUUUGGAGGACAAGAAGGCAUCGGAGGAUCCGCCGGAGGACGAGGUAGUCUCGGAGGGUCUUCUGAAAGGCAACGUGAGUUCGGAGCUCAGUGGGAAUUUUCUGGCCCCUCUGGUUCACAGGGAGCAGAAAGUGGCACUAGAGGAGGACACUCUGCUCGCUUGCGCAUUUAGAGAUGCAUGCUCACAAUCUGUCUGAAGUAAAAUCCUUGUAAUUGUUAACUAAACAAAUGGACGUAUGUUACAUCAUCUUGAAUAAAUGCCUCUUUCUUCCACA